AUGGAGGUUAUGACUGUGUUCAGCCUGUACGUCAUGCAACUCCUGGUCAGGGUCAGGGACGAGUUGGAUGUUCUUGAAUCUUUUCGGCUAUUCGGCUUUUCGGCUAAGCGGCACAGGAAGGUGUUGAGAGACAACAUCCAAGGUAUCACCAAGCCGGCCAUUCGUCGUCUGGCUCGCCGAGGCGGAGUGAAGCGUAUCUCGGGUCUCAUCUACGAAGAGACACGCGGUGUGCUGAAGGUAUUCCUGGAGAACGUGAUUCGUGACGCUGUCACCUACACAGAGCACGCCAAACGCAAGACUGUCACCGCUAUGGAUGUAGUCUACGCGUUGAAACGUCAGGGACGUACACUGUACGGAUUCGGAGGUUAAGCAAGCCAGCCAGCCAGCACAAUACACUAUUGGACUGCUGCCGCGCACGCGUCUUCACCAUUCACGCUCCACUCUACUACAGCAAAAAGGCCCUUUUCAGGGCCGC